UCACUGUAUCGUGUAGGUUUUUUUUAUUUCCUCCAGCAUAGCAGAUAAAUAACCAUACCAUUAUUUAUUGUAGAGCCUCAGACAAAGAGGAAGAGAGACGGGGUUGUUCUUAACGCCGCCUGUCUUCAACGAGGUUCAGGUUGGAAAGUGGAUCAUUCUCCAAUGGACAACCCCGAGAGCCCCACCCAGUCUCCUGAAAGCCCCAACCAAUCACCCCAAUCCCCAGAGGAAGAGAGGGGCAUUUCUGACAGCGAGUUCCUGGCAUCCCCCGAGGAGGAGGACAGGCUGCUCUCUGACAGUGAGCUGCUGAAUGAUGAAGACAAUGGUGGUUUAGAUGAAGAGGGUGGUGAAGUUGGGGACUCUGAGCUGGAUGAUGAAGAAGAUGGGGGGGUGGUUCAGGAGCGUAUCUCUGACCCAGAGGAUGAUGAGGCUGAUGGGGAAGGUGGAAGGGAUAGGCAUACUAUUCUAGAACAGGAGCAGGAGGAGUCAGUGGGGAUGGUGAUGAUGGGACAGGAGCGACAGGAAAGCCAAUCAGAUGAGGAGGAGGACCGGAUCAGCCAAACUCCUAAGUCCCCUGAUUCUGAGCCAGAGCAGGAGAGGUCAUCCCCCUUAGCUGAGGAGAUGUCCAGACAUGAGAAGGAAGAUGAGAGUGGGGAACCGUCUGUGAAGCUGGCAGUGGAGACAGCAGAAGUAGAUGAUGAAGAGGAGGAAGAGAGACUGAGGAGGAGGAGGGUGGUGGUGAAUCAGAUGAAGGAGGAGUUGUCAUCUGUGUCCAGGGAGCUUGAUGAGCAUGAGCUGGACUAUGACGAGGAGGUUCCUGAGGAGCCCAAUGUUCUAGCGCCUGAAGAAGAUGACGAGGUGGAGAAAGGACCCAGAGAAGGGGAUGAGAAAGAGGACAAGAGCGUCAAAAAGAAAGAGAAGAUACCAAUCCUUCCUCCAUCCCCGAAAGAUGGUCCACCUAAGAAGCCUGAAGAGUCCAGGGCUCAGGACAGAGGAAGGAGAGAUUCCUUUCGUGACAAAAAGGACGAGGAUGAUGGAGAGAUUGAUGAGGGAGAAAUAGAUGAUGAUGACCUGGAGGAGGGAGAGGUGAAGGACCCCAUGGACAGGAAGGUCAGACCCAGGCCCGUCUGCAGGUUCUUCAUGAAAGGUAACUGCACAUGGAGUAUGAAUUGUAGGUUCAUCCAUCCAGGGGUCAACGACAAGGGCAACUACUCUCUCAUCUCCAAGCCAGACCCCUUCUCUCCCAACGGGGCACCACCUGGAGCACCCCACCCUCUCAUUCCUGGAAGCAACCCCUGGGGUGGACCUGCUGUUGAGGAGCUCCCUCCACCCCCUCCUCCAGUGGAGCCUCCUGUGGAGAGUGCCUGGGAGAGGGGUCUGAGACAUGCCAAAGAGGUGUUGAAAAAAGCUACCAUACGCAAAGAGCAGGAGCCAGACUUUGAGGAGAAGCGCUUUAACGUGACCAUUGGAGAGGAUGAGAGAGACUUUGACAAGGAGAAUGAUUUCUUUAGGGAACGCAGCUACCGCAUCACCAGAGAAAUCAGAGACCCAGGUGACUUGGAGUUCAGAGACCCAGUCUAUCCUAACGACCCUUAUGCUGAUCCAUAUUAUGACUAUGAGAUGGAGGCCUUCUGGAGAGGGGGACAGUAUGAGAACUUCAGAGUGCAGUACACAGAGACCCCUCUGCCCUAUCACUACAGUGAGCGUGAACGUGAGCGGGACCCGCGAGAGCGCCAUCGUGACCGUGAGCGGGACCACCGCGAGCGAGAACGCCGGCAGAGAGAACGUGAAAGGGAAAGAGAGAGGGAGCGAGAGAAGGAGAGAAUGCGCAGAAAGGAGGAGUGGGAGCGGGAUCGCAUGAAGCGUGAUGAGAAGGAGAGGCCCGUCAGGGAGCGGCCUCCACGUGAACCUCGGGAGAAGAAGGAGGGGGAGGACAAGCAGCCUAAAGGUCCCCCCAUGUCCCCCACCGAUACCAACAUGCCCCCCAAUCGGCCGAUGAUGGAGCCGCCUCUCAAAACGGAGCUGAUAUCCAUGUCCAAGCGGCCAGAUGAGUGGAAGGACCCCUGGCGCCGGUCUAAAUCCCCCAGGAUACGUCCGGGCAUGUCCGGGUCACCACCGCGGGGCCGCCGGCAUCACCGGCCCUCUGGAUCCUCUGUCUCACUGUCCAACUCCUCUAGGUCUUCGUCCCGCUCUUCCUCCUACACAGGCUCCGGUUCAUCUCGGUCUCGCUCUCGCACCUCGUCUUUCAGCUCAUACUCCAGCCACUCCUCCCAGCACAGCUCCUUCAGCGGCAGCCGCUCCAGGUCCAGAUCGUUCUCCUCGUCUCCCUCUCCGACCCCUUCAGCACAGAGAAAUGCCAAGAAUAAAGCAGCGGCCCCACUGGCCCUAGGGCCCAAAGGCAUCCCGUCGAAACCUGGUGCACCUUCCCCUCCUGGUAGGGAGAAGGCUCCCCCCAAGAAGGCUCCAAGCCCACCACUGCCAGGCCAGCCUGGGAAACCCCCCAAACCCACCCUAGAGGGGGCUAAGCCUGGCAACUCCCGCGAGCCCCGUGAGGGGGGCCGACCCAUGUCACCUCGGGAGGCGGGCAAACCCCUCAACCUGCGGGAGGGCCGACGGAAGGAGCGGCAGCAGCACAACCCACCCAGGAGGCAGACGGUCAGUGGCAGUGUGAGUGGCAGUAGUUACUCUGGCUCCAGCUCUCGCUCAAGAUCUCGUUCCUCCUCUGCAUCCAUCUCACCUUCCGGAUCCAAGAAGUCCAGGUCUCUGAGUGUGAGCAGUGUGUCUAGCGUGUCCUCGGCCUCCAGCAGCAGCUCUGUGAGGAGCGCUGACUCAGAUGACAUGUACGCCGACCUGGCCAGCCCUGUGUCGUCAGCCAGCUCCCGCUCCCCAACCCCAGGACACCCCCAUGCCCGCAAGGAGAAGGGCCCACCACGGGACAGGGGCCCCAACAAGGACAAAGGGAAGCCCACUAAGAAAGAUGAGCCCCAUCCCCCCAGGGAGGACCGGAGGAAGAUGGAUCCCUCAGGCCUCCCUCCCAGAAACACUCACGGUCCCAUGCCCAGGUCUGGGCCUGGCAGCAGGGGCCAUGGUCCUGGUGGCCACCCCAUGCACCCGCCGCACGGACCGCCCAUGGGUCCCCCUGGAGGUUACGGCCAGCACAAAGACAUCAAACUCACGCUCCUCAACAAGCAGCAGGCAGAGCGGGGUAACAGGAAGCGAUACAUGCCUUCAGACAAGGACAGGCCGACCUCUCCACUCAGCAAGAGGAUAGCAAUGUCUCCUGAGAGAGGUCGUGGUGACAGGAGGAUGCCUGGACGGCCCCCACUCUCUCCUAGAAUGGACCGGCCCAGAGGCCAGGGCCCUCGUCCCAUGCCCCCACUGGGAGAAAGAAAACGUCCUUUGUCCCCACCGCCCAAGUCGUCUGGGAAAGGUCCAGGGGGGUUGUCAUCGGGCUCAGGCAAGCAGCCCCCAGGCGGCCCGGGCUCAGGCAAGCCUAGCAGCACACUGUCCCGCCGUGAGGAGCUGCUGAAACAGCUUAAAGCUGUGGAGGACGCCAUCGCCCGCAAGAGGGCCAAGAUCCCUGGGAAAUAACCCUGACCCUGCUCGCCCGCCUGUCUGCCCAAGUCACGCAGGCAACAUCAAGCAUCAAGGGACAUAAAAUCACCAAUCCCAUUCAUGACGCCUAGCGUUCUUUGGAGAUUUUUAAAAGGUUUCUGUCCCAAAAUGUAAAGGCUAUUGUGUAAUUGUUCCUCAACAAAAUGGCCACCAAAACAUUUUUGCUUGUUUGCCCUCAGAGAGAGGUUGUCUUGAUGAUUUUACAGUACUGAAUAAAUUUAGUAGCAGGGUGUCAUUGUUGCUCUCUCGUCUGUUUAAUGAGAAAGGAGAAUCUUGACAUUGUCUCAAUGAUAAGGUGAAUUUAUAUACUUUUGAUCCACUCUGUCUGCCCCUUUUACUGUCUCAUAUCUCUCUUGUCUUAUUUUUAUUCCAUUUUAUGUUGUUAUUUUGGGGUUGGAGUUGGUCUUGCCCUGUUCGAUUCUAAAAAUCCUGGAAACCGCUUCUAGGCUCCCAACUGGUUCUCUGUACAAACAUUUAGCAUCUGUAUUCAUUCAGACAGAAACAUUGAACACGCUCAAAGGACCUCUUGUUCAUGGUGGUCACAUCUUAACCAAUUACUUUUCCUCUUCUAGGUCUGCAUUGUGUUAUCGUAUUUUACAUACUGUUUUCAAUCAUAGUGAGCAUAUGACAAGCACCCUUUUUUUUCUCUCAAGUAUAUGAUUAAAGAGAACAAAUUGACAAAUUGCUUUUUUUCUCCAGCUCUUGUGAUAAACUGUUUUAUUUGUCCCACAUUUUUAGUUGACACAGGAGUGUAUGUUUGUGCUUUUGUGACAAAAGGCUUCUAAAUAAACUAUUUUGAUAAAGCA